AUGGUUGUUUCGGCGGUGGCUCUUACCCCUAAAGAACUCAUCGCAGCCCCACGGCGAAGUGACGCUGUCCCUAACCCAUCGGGAGAAGUUGCAUUGUUUUCCACCUCCGAGUACUCCUGGGAAACCCAUGCAACAUCUUCGUGGUGGAGUCUGCUGGAUCUCAAGACUGGAAAGAUCACUCAACUCACCAACGACAGUAAUGUCUCGGAAUUGAUCUGGUCCGGGGCCAGUGACUCUGGCCUCUUAUACAUCAAUGCCACGAAUGCUGAAAUUCCGGGAGGUGUCGAAAUCUGGGCUUCAGAUACCUCUAGCUUCUCCAAGUCCGCUUAUAAGGCAGCAUCACUCCCGGCACCUCUGUCUGGUCUCAAGACAGCAAUCACCAAGUCUGGCGAUAUCAACUUCUUGGUGUACGGAGAGUCAUAUGCCAAUGGAACUGCUUACAACGAAGAGCUUGCUGCCACGCCCUUGAGCUCAGCUCGCAUUUAUGACAGUAUUUACACCAGGCACUGGGAUUAUUGGCUGACCACUCGAUUCAAUGCCAUUUUCUCCGGCACCCUGCAGAAGAAGAGAGCUGGACAGGGAGCCGCAACCAGCUACACUUCUACCGGAUCUCUCAAGAACCUCGUCGCCGGUGUCAAGAAUCUGGAGUCGCCAUCUCCUCCAUUCGGUGAUGCAUCCGACUAUGACAUUUCUCCUAAUGGAAAAUGGGUCGCAUUCAAAAGCAAGGCCCCUGAACUCCCACGCGCGAACAACACUGCCUCUUAUAUCUAUCUCGCUCCCCACGAUGGAUCCAAGAAGGCCGUUGCUAUCAACGGCCCCGAUAGCCCUGGUUCCCCCAAGGAUAUCAAGGGAGAUUCUAGCAGCCCCGCCUUCUCGCCCGACGGUCGCCAUAUUGCAUACCUUCAAAUGGAAGAAGUUGCGUACGAAUCAGACCGCCGCACUGUUUAUGUCUACACUCUUGAGUCCAAGGAUACAAUUCGCACAUUGGCCAAGGACUGGGACCGGUCUCCAAGUGCUCUCAAGUGGACCUCGGACGGCAAGAAUCUUGUUCUGAACACCGAGGACUCCGCGCGCUCUCGGCUCUUCUUGCUGCCUGCUAACGCUGGCGACGACUUCAAGCCCAAAAACUUUACCGAUGGCGGUGCCGUGGCUGCUUACUACGGCCUUCCCAACGGUGAAUUCUUGGUUUCUGGCUCUGCAAUCUGGAGCAGCCGAACUGUCUACACUGCCAAGCCAGGAAAGGGUGUCACUGGUCAUAUCUUCUCCGCAAAUGAAGUCGACCCUGCUUUGAAGGGCUCGAGCGCCGCAGAUGUCAGCGAGUUCUACUACAAGGGUAACUGGACUGAUAUCCACUCUUGGAUUGUCUACCCCUCGGAUUUCGACAAGUCAAAGAAAUACCCGCUCCUGUACUACAUCCACGGUGGCCCUCAAGGCGCCUGGGCCGAUUCCUGGAGCACUCGCUGGAACUACAAGGUUUUCGCUGAUCAAGGAUAUGUCGUUGUUGCGCCAAACCCUACCGGUAGCACCGGAUUUGGCGAUGAGCUUACCGACGCUAUUGCAAACAACUGGGGUAGCUAUCCCUACGACGACCUAGUUAAGGGCUGGGAGUACGUCCGCGAUAACUUCGACUUUAUCGAUACCGACCGUGGUGUGGCUGCAGGCGCCAGCUAUGGUGGUUUCAUGGUCAACUGGAUCCAGGGAAACCCACUGGGUCGUGAGUUCAAGGCAUUGGUUAGCCAUGAUGGAACCUUUGUUGCCGAUGCAAAGAUCUCUACCGAGGAGCUUUGGUUCAUUGAGCAUGAUUUCAAUGGCACAUUCUGGGCGAACCGUGAGAACUACCGUCGCUGGGAUCCAUCUGCCCCAGAGCACAUCUUGCAGUUUGAUACGCCUCAGUUGAUCAUCCACAGCGAGAAGGACUACCGUCUUUCCGUCGCUGAAGGUUUGUCGCUCUUCAAUGUCCUGCAGGAGCGCGGUGUUCCCAGUCGAUUCUUGACUUUCCCAGAUGAAAACCACUGGGUUCUCAACAAGGAAAACAGCCUUGUCUGGCACCAGCAGGUCUUGGGAUGGCUCAACCACUACUCUGGCUCGAAUGGCUCUGUUAGCUUGGACGACACAGUAGUUCCAGUGGUGGACUACAAUCCUUGA